AUGAAGGUAAAGCUUGCUAAAUGGGAAUCCAAAGGAGUGUGUAAAAGGCUGCAAAUGGAUCUUUGGUGGGCUCUUCCCCCUGAGAAGAGGGGGAGAAUGAGUAAGCUUUUUGAAGUUUUGCUUGCGGAGGAGAGCAAUCAGGAUUCAGGUGGCUUCGGCAGGCUAAUUAGUGAAUGGGCCAAAUUUUGUGGCAGUGGCAUUUUGAAAAAGCAAAAGAAGCCAUUAGAAUCUGACUUGGUAACGUUAUCGUUUAGGGUUUGUUCGUUCACUUGCUGGGUUUUAAGCCUCCGUUCAAUUGUCGGUGUUGCUUCGCUCCCCACUUCGUUUUUGCAGAGGCAGCAGGAGUUAAACGCAAGACCAAGAGAUAUAGCAAUCAAUAAUGGCUUGCGUGGAGUUAUGCAUAGACUUCAUGGGACUUCUCAUGGCGCUGGUGAUUGCUCUCACUCUCAUGCUCAUCUGCUCCUCCCCCAAGAGGCAGGUUGUGGUCUAUCGUUGGCCUUGAUCUUUGUCUCUCCACCAAUAUGCUGUCUCUCCUACAGAUCUUCUUUCGAUCUCAAGUUUCCUCAUAUUGAUUGUGUUCUUUAG